GAUGCAUUGGAAAAUGAAUGUAACUGUUGAAGUUAUUUAGUUGUGCUCUAACUUUCAUUUUUAUGGCGAUUGUUCGAAACUUCCAUUUUCUUUCGUUAGGUCAUGCUUGACUCAGCAUUUACAUCUUGAGCGCACAUCUCUUAAUUCUACAUGCGAAUUUUAUAAAACCUCUCAUGUAAUGGACUUGACGUGUGAACCAUUGGCCCCAUUACGACAAAGUCAGGAAAGAUUCAGGAGUCCAGAUAUUUCUCGAAGACCAUUGGGAGGAGAAGCUUUGGCUGCUUACACAGUCAAAAAGUCACGUCGUGCUAAGUCAACGGAACCUACUGCUCUUGAUACCAACGUUCCACUUGUGAAAUGUUCUAACGAAGAGGAAAAAGUAAAGGAAGUUCUAAACGACGAAAGUAUGGACAAACGGUGGUCAUUAAUAGCCAAAAACUACGAAAAUAUGUCGAAGCAAGAGAUCAUGAAUAACUACAGAUUACUCAUGAGCGAAAAGCUACGAUUGGAAAGGUUUCUGUCCAUAAUGACCAAAAAUAAUGAGAUGGCUCGCAAUCGCUUGGAAUCCGACCUAUUAGAUGCCAUGAUGUGUAUAGAAGACUUAAAACAGGCUCUUGAGAUUCGUUUGGCACGACGACGAAAAAUUGAUCCUCGAGAAGCUGAGGAAAGAAGGUAUUUGAUUCGUCAAAACAAGAAAUUACUAAACCAGUUAUUUGAAUCAGCAAAGAAAAUUGAAAGACUGGAGGUAACCAAAGUAGAAAUGAAAGAACAACUGGAAUUACUGGAUUUCCAAAUUGUCGAAGUUGAGAAUCAGAAAGCUAUGAUUGAGGAAGAAUUGAGAAAAAUUCCCCCAACUUUACAUGAGGGAACUCAAACCGAGGAAAGUUCCGAUAGCCAUCAGUUGAUAUGUCAAUUAAAAGAACAAUUAAGUCUACUGAGAAGCGAUUUAUCCAAUCAAAAAGCUGAAACAGCAGCUGCUGUUGCUAAACACAUUCAUAUGGAUAAUUUAAUUAAAGAAUUACGCCGUGAUAAUAUUGAAUUACGUGAUCAAUUAUCUCAUGUUGAUGAUGCUGAAAAUUCACUAGCUGAAAGUGAUAAGCCGAUAGCUGCUGAUGUUAAACUACUUAAAGCUCAAUUAGCUGAACAGUUAGAACGUGUCAAAGAUUUAGAAGAAAAAUUGAAUUCAUCAAGAUUGUAUUCAGAAAAAUUAGAAUCCCGUGUACAAGACCUUAUAGGAAAAAAUAGCUGUCAUCCAUCUACUGAAUCUGUAUCAUUCGAAAUAGAUCAUUCUGAGCAAAACACAACUGCUGUACUUCACUCAAUGGACGAUACCAAACCGGUUACUGUUUCUCAAUCACAACCACCUCCAUCAAAAACAACAGGAGCACAACCUAAAGUAGAUGAUAUACUUCUUCAACAAACAAUUCAUACAUUUCAGGCACUUUUAGAUGAACGUGAUCAAGAAAUAAGUCAAUUAAAAAAACAUAUUGUACAAAAUCCAUCUAACACUGAGUUAACAUCAGAUAUAAAUCUACCCAAAUUAUACGAAUCAUCAAUUCAAACAGAAUUAAAUAAUGAACAAAUGGAAAAACUGUCAAAUUUAAAAGAUACUUUAAAUUCAGGUGGUCAGUUAUUGACUAGUGAACAAUAUGAAACAUUGAACAAUGAAUUAAAUGAAACAUUGAAAACAUUAACAAACAACCCUGAUAAUCGUAAUAUACCAUCGUCUGAACAAUUAUCAUCAUCUACAAAUGAAAAAGAAAAGUCAACUCAGAACUAUGGUGAUCUAAUUCAAACAGUGAAUAAAUUAAGAAAAGCAUCUGAAACUAUUAAACCAAUGUCAACUUCAUCCGAGUUAAAACCAAGUGAUAUCGUUGAUCAGGCGAAUCCGAAUACAAAUAAUGUUGAUCAAAAAUUGGUAGAAAAUUUACGUUGUCAAAUUGAAAGCUUGAAACAAGAAAUAAAAAGAUUACAACGUGGUGCAUCUACAGCUGAAGAACGAACUGUUAAUGGAAAUACUGGUGAAUUUCAUACAUCACACAGUUCUCCAAGUCAUUUUUAUUCAAUGGAUCCGUAUGGAAGUGUGGAUAAACAAAAUGAAGAAAAAUCCUAUUCAUUACAUAAUCCAUCAUACUACAGCACUCAGUUGCAAGAACUACGUCAAACUGGUGACUUAGAGUUAGUUCGCGCACACCUUAGUUUGUCUGAACGACGUCGACGUGAGCUUGAAAGACGUAUAACCGAACUAACUGAUGAGUUAGCACGUUCUCGUGCAGAAGCCCGUUCCGCGGAAACUAGUCUUUCUGCUGCUCGUCGAACUGAAGCUGCACUAAGAAGACGUCUUCUUGUUGCUAUGGAUUCUCGAGGUUCACCUAAUGGAAAUUAUGAAAUGAAUAUAUCACGAAAUUCACAUGAAUUCUCUUCUAACGAAAGUUCAGAAAUGAUGAAUGCUUUGGAGUUACAAGCAGAUAUUAUUAAACUUCAAGCUACUAAUGCUUCUCUAACGGAAGCUGCUUUACUUGAUCGAACAAGAUUGCAUGAUCAAGCUAUGCGUAUAGACCAGUUGGAAUCAGAGCACAAAGCUUUACUUGAUCGAGUUUCAUGUCUUCAGGCAGCUGAAACUGGUGCACAACGUGGUAUUGUACGUUUACAAGCUCUUUAUGAAGAUAUGCUACGUGAAUACUCAGAGUCUAAACCACUAGAACUAUCUAACGUUCGUGGACGUCAUCAUCAGAGAAGCAGCUCUCGUAACUCUAGAAAUAAUGAUUUUAUUACAAAUGCUAAUUAUAAUGAUAAAUUUCGUGCUACAUCACGAAAUAAUGACGUAAGGGCAACAGAACAACAGAUUUUGGAAGUUCAAGCUAUGAAUUCUCCACGCAAACGAUCUAUAUAUGAGAACUCAGGGGAAAUCGUCACUGCAUCAUCGACAACAAUUCCAGUUGGUUCAUGCAAUUCACCAGUUUGUAUUGCUGUACGUAAUCUCUUGAAAGCAUUUCAAGAUCGUUAUAGUGAUUUAAUGGAUCAAUUUAUACAAAUUCAGCAUGAUCCAACAUUAACAAAUGGUCAUUUCAAUGAAAUGAAUAUUAAUAAUAAUAAUAAUAAUAAUACUCAUGAUAAUAACAAUAGUAUAAUUCUAAGAAAAUCUUCACAAACUUCAGCAUUCAUUAAAGAAUUAUAUACUCAAUUAAAUAAUAUUUCAAAUUUAUUAAAUGAAAAUAAUCAUCAAAUAAUUCAAAAUUAUGAAUUAAAUGAACAUAUUCAAUUGUGUAUACGAUUGAUUCAUUCAUUAGAUAAUUGGAUUAAUUCUUGUUUAACACAAAAUGAUAUGGAAAUAGCACAUCUUCGUUUGUUCAUUAUGAAUUUACAAUUACGUAAUAAUAAUAAUAAUAGUAAUUCAACUGGUAUAGAACAAAAUACAACAAUAUUUACUUCAUCAAUGAAUAGUCCUGGUACUAAAGAUAAUAAUGAGCAAAAUAAACAAACUUUUUCAUGUUCAAUCAGUAUAAACAAAAAGCAGGACCCUAGUAAGUUUCUACUUAAUGAACAAGAGUUAUUUAACUUAAGAGAAAAGUUAAGGCUAACUGAAGCUCAACUACAAUUAACGUCUAUGAUGCAAACCACUUAGAAUUCGUUGAUUCUGGCAGUGUUUUUGAAUAUAAAAAAAUAAAGUAACAAAUAACUCAUGCUACAUCAGCAAUACACAGUUAUUUCAAACGGUAUCGUUUUUAUCACCCAUUUUUCUUUGUCUUAUUUGUUUUCUGAAUUUUAUCUAAUCAGUCGUUUUGUUAAGAAAUUCAUAUAUAUAUUCACAUAUGUGUGUACAAUUUUACGUUGUCUUCUUGAAGUUCUCCUAUCUUCUUUUGAAUGAAUGAUUUUAAAGUGAACAAUAAACUGAACGGAAUGAAAUCAAAGCAUUUACUAUAAUAUUAUUAACUGAUACCGACAAUAUGAUCGACCAAGAGAAAAUGCUUCUAGCAUAAACAAAUGCCAUAAAUGUUUUUUCCCAAAAAAAAACCCUGAAUGUUUCUGUUUUUUUAUUUUUUUUCUACUGAUUAUUUAUAUUUCAUCUUCAUUGUGAAGAAUGCUAAACAAUCAGUAGUCAGUCAUCAAUGCUUGAUGUGUGUGUGUGUGUGCAUGUGUUUGUGUGUUUACACUUAAUAAUCAUUGGAAAAAUAAAAUUCAUUACCACUCUUUGAACUCAUUCAUUCUGCUUAUCAUUAUGAUCAUUUUAUUAAGUAAAUUGUAUAAUUUUAUAGGGUAGUUUGUUGAAAAUAGUUAUAUCAUCAUGAAUAUAUUAUUGUUUUCAUCAUUUGUGUUGUGUUUUUUUUCCUCAUCACAUUCAUGAUUUCCAUAAUGAUCAUAAUAUUGAUAAUAACGAUUAUUAAUUCAGUUAUUGUUGUCUUUUUUUUUAAUAAAAAGAAAAGAAAUGCACACCCCCCUUUUUAGUGUCGGUUGUGCUUUUUAAUAUCAUCACAACUUUCCUUCCGCCCUUCUCCCUCCGCCGGCCUUCGAUUUUCGAUAGAUACUAAUUUUUAAAUAAAUAAAAAAAAAGAAGUAAUAAUAAGUAGACUACUUUCGAUUGUAAUUCAAUUCACAAUGAUGUUAUGUAUUACACUUGCUCUCAUAUACAUACACAUGAGUUUGAAUAUACAAAUGGUUUCUGAAUGUUGUAUUCAUAUGCACUCGUACAAUUGUUGUAAUGUAACAUUCUUUUUCGUUGCUUUAGUUGAUCUUACUUUUUAAGCAUUAUGAUAGAUAUGAAAUAUGUUUAGUAUUGUUGAAUUUUCUCUUUUACUUUUUUUUCUUUCUUUCUUGCAAACCGACAGUUUGUUCAUUUCUUCAAACAUUUCUGUGUACAAGACAUUUUCGAAGUUUUUUUAAGUAAUUUUCUAUAUCCAUAUAUAUAUAUAUAUAUAUAAACCUUUUGUUUACUCAUGUUUAGCUUGAAUUGUUUUAUUUGUUUUCCUUUUCUCAUGGAGUACAGUUUGUUAUAAGGCAUGAUUCAUUGGAACAUUAUGGAUUCAUUAUUGUCAUAAUCUAUGUAGGUAACUAUGUGUACACAUGAGUAUACUUGUUUUUACUCUGUUUUCUUCUAUAAAUUAGACUUAUUAUAUAUGUUCCCUUACUAAAACGUAAUAAUAAUAAUAAUAAUUCAUAUUAUUUUAAUCAUAAGGUACUGCUAUUCUUGAAUGUUAACUUAUCAUAAGUGUCAGUUAUUUAUUCAUUCUGUUUCAUAUUAAUUAAUUGGGAAAAUGUAAUUUGUUUUCUAACUAUAUGAAAGCCUAUAUUACAUGUAAUCUAUACUUUUCGUGUUGCUAUGUGAUUUUGUCUCUCUCUUCUCUCUUUUACCUUCCUUCUAUUCUACAUUAAUAAAAAUAGUUUUUUUUUUUUUGGUUAAUUUUUCUGCUUAAAGUUUUAUUUGUUAAAUUUAUUUUGCUUUCGACUUUUUGUGAAGAAAAAUAGUCGUCUGCUACCUUUUUUUAAAAAAUGUACUUGUUCAUUCGUGUAUUAAUCAUAAUUUUAAUAAUAAGCUAGUCACACGUCUAA